GUGUUUUUAUUUGGGUGCUGGAGCGAGCUCUGGUGGCUGGUAUCGGCACUGCUCGUCCAUAAAAUUUCGUCGCUCAGCCUUCUUCUUCUUCUUGGCCGUGGCGCCAGUCUCGUUUCAUGGUGGACGGGCGAAUUGCGUGAAAAAUUUUUCUCUCGUCCUCGGGCAAGCAGAGAGCGUGCAAAUAGUGGUGAAAAUUGCGUAAAAGUGCGCGGAAUGGGCGGGAGAAGAUGUCUCGCAGUGGUGGUGACUCCAAAUGGCGAUAUUUGAGAAGCGUAUCGAGCGCAAAGUGAACCUCGACGACACCCAGGAGAUCCAGUGUCGCAUUGAAACGGCGCAGAAAGUCGGCGGACACACGGAGUACGUGCUGAGGGUGCAGCGAGGGCCGCUGACAGAGAACUCCUGGCGACUGCUGCGGCGCUACAAUGACUUCGUGCACCUGGACAAGUGCCUGCAGAUCUCGGGGAUCGAGCUGCCGCUGCCCGCCAAGAAGAUCCUGGGCAACAUGCAGCCCGCUUUCAUAGCUCAGCGUCAGGUCGCACUGCAGCAGUACAUCAAUCACGUGCUCAUGAAUCCCAUUCUUGCAUCGUCGCUCCCGACGAAGAAGUUUGUCGACCCGGACAGCUACUCCACCCCGUUCCACGACCUCGCCCUCCAGAACGCCUCCCUCUGCCUGCGGGCGGACGGCCAGUAUGCGCUGGGGCAGAGUCUGGGGCCCAUCGGGUGGCGCCUGCGGAAGCACUACUUCCGCGUCACGAUGAAGCUGCCCUCGGGGCGCAGCUCGCCUGGCCAGAGCAAGCACCUCGUCAAGUCCAUCUCGCAGAGCCACGCGCGCGGCGCUCCCGGCGCCACGGGCAACGGCAGCGCCGCCGCGGCGCCCGAGCCCACGCAGGACGUGAUUCUGGCGUGGACGGAAUAUGGCCCCGAUAAGUACAUCGACGACCGGGAGAUUCACGCCGCGCUGCGGAAUCUCGCCGGCGUGCAGCAUCCCUACAUCCAGCCCCUGGAGUACGUGACGAGCAACGACAACGGGGCGCUGGUGAUUCGCAAGUUCUCGGCGCACGGCAGCCUCAAGGACAUGCUGUGCUGCGUGCAGCCCGUGAAUCCCUUUCUCACCAAGUACGGCAACCCGAAGGGGCGCUCGCCGCUGCCGCUGCGCGACGUGGCGCUGUACGGGCGGCAGAUCCUCGAGGCGAUUCGCUUCCUGCACUCCAAAGGGCUGCCCAUUGGCCACAUUCACGCCGGCAAUGUGGUGAUCUCCGGCGGCACGGCGCGCCUGAUGGACGUGGAGAACUUCAUCCUUGGCGUGCCGGCCUUCUAUCGUCCCUUCUUCGUGCAGCACUCGAAGAUCAGCACGUUCGAGGCGGUGGACGUGUACUCCUUCGGCCAUCUGCUCUACGAGAUGACCAUGGGCUUCUCCCUGCAGGAGUCCGUGGCCAGACAGAUCACCGACUGUCCAGACUCACUGCGGCAGCUGCUCGAGUCGCUGCUGCUCAGAGACUCGUGCAAGAAUGGCCUGCCGACGCUGGAUCAGGUGGCGCAGCAUGCCUUCUUCCAGGAGCACGUGCCCAACUUCGCGGACGUCCUCGCCAAGGCCAGCAAGACGUCGAAGCCGCACCUAAAGUGGUCCACCACGGCCAAGGAGCAGCUCAAGAUCGCGGUGCAGAAGUCAGAGCAGCGCCUGAGGGACGAACAGAAGUCCGUGCGCAACCAGAAGAGACUCGUGCGGGUGCAGGAGUGGAUGAGUUCCGAGGAGGAGAAGAAGAAGAUCAAGAGCAAGGCGAAAAUGGAGCAGAAACAGUCGAAGCUUCGUCAGCAGACUUCGUUGCAGCUGCAAAAUGGUCCACCCGUGACUCCACUCACGCUGACCCGCUCUGACAGUGUCAACAGCGUCUCCACGUCGCACGAGACGGAUUCGCCACUCCCGCCGCCACCGCCGCCGUCGCUGCCCAAUCUGUCACGCACGACGGAUGACCUGCGGCCGAGCACGAGCGGCGAGCGGGGGCGCUUCGCCCUGCUGGACUCAAUCUGCAAGUUCAACAAGUCUUCUCUGCGGCGCGUGGCGUCGGACGAUUGAGUGGACGAUUGGAGAUGAGAACUUGAGCGCGAUGCUGUGCAUGUCAAAGGUACAUUCGGACCAAUUUUAAUUGUAGUUCUUAAAGAAAACAAACCCACGAGAGUUUAGAGAAGAAGAUGAUCGAGAGAGAAAGUGGGGAAAAAUCAAUGCAAAUCGAUGAAACAUAAUCAGGCAUGAGCGCGAUUCAAAGGCAGCACCGAAAGAGAAUUCUCAAAUAUUUACAAAAUAGACACAAAGAGAGAGAGAAAGAGAAGGAGAAAAGGAGGAGGAGAGAGAAAAAUUUGUAAAUCAAAAGGCACUAAAAUGAGUUGCUUUCAUCGUUACCAAAUGGGGAGGGGAAGAAAGAAAGAAAAAAAGGAGUAAAGUGAAACGCAUUUUCCUCCUCCAAUUCCGCAUAAAUUGUAUUGUAUAUUUCUUUCCUAAUGGUUAUUGGAUACUUUCCUCAUGAAUUUUUAAAACAUGCCCGGCAUUUUAUAUUUAAAGUCACAGAGAGAGAAAGAGAGGAAGAAUGUGAUGAAAAUGUGUGGAAAAUUGUUAUUCUCGCUUUUAUUUUUACACCACUUUUUGUACAAUUUCAAUGUAAAUUACAAAUUUGUCUUCUUUUUUCGACACACACACACACAUUCGGCAUGGAGAGAGAGAAAAAGCAUUUGCAUGUUUGUUCUCUUGCAUAAUCAAUUGUGCGGAUGAUAAGAAUAUAAUAUCAUAUUUCCUGAUGGUUUAAAAAAAAACGAAUUGAAGCGCGCAAAGCAGAUAUAAAGAAAAUAAAAUGCUGAGCCGCUAACAAAGAGAAAAAGAUAUUGAGCGAAAAGGAGGGAGAGAAAAAUUAAUUAAAUUAUAAGACUGCACCUUAAUUGGAAAAUCACUAGAGAGAAUUGACGAGAAAGAGAAAAUUAUAAAAAAGUAGAGAAAAAAGAAAAGUUAUGCUGAAAUAUUUGUGUGUGAAAAGUAAGAUAGAAAAAGAAGAAAAAAUCGUUCUUAUAAUUGUUGUGUCAAAUUGUCUUACCAAAAUACUAUAAUAAUAAAUAAUAAUAAUGAUGAGAAAUUAAAGAGAUAAAAAGAAAUGUUCUUAGAGAAAAAUCCUUAAAGAAAAAGAUGCAAAAAAAUAAUCUCCUUUAAAUGUAAAGAAAUUCCCCUUAAAUUAACCACACUUGUGAGAGUGUUUAAAAGGAAAGUACAUAAAAUAUAUAAAA